CGGGUAACGCGACGCCUCGCCUCAGUGAGAGAGGAAGCGCCAGUAUGCGCCAGUCUGUAUCUGACCUGAGAUCAGCUCGCGCAGCACACACCAACCCGUCACCAGCGGACACAGGACAGAUCCCAGAUCACCGUCCUUCAACCGCGGAAAGACACCCGACAGCGAGUUCGUGCUACAAACCCAUCAUGUCUUUUUCGGAUAUACGCGUUUGAGUCAGUGUUUAAUUCGUUUAUGCACACAUUCCGCUGACGUUCAGCCCAGCGCGCGCACACACACACACAGAGAGCCACAGCAGCCGCGGAAGACACAAUUACAUUCGCAGCUCUUUUCUAAAACAAGAAAUCUACAGCUGCAACCAUGCCACUAUUUGGUAAAUCUCACAAGAACCCCACAGAAAUUGUGAAGACCCUGAAGGACAACCUCUCAAUCCUGGUCAAGCAGGACAAGAAGACAGAGAAGGCUUCAGAGGAGGUGUCGAAAUGUCUGGUGGCGAUGAAGGAGAUCCUGUACGGCACUAAUGACAAGGAGCCACACACAGAAACGGUGGCCCAACUGGCCCAAGAGCUCUACAACAGCGGCCUGCUCAUCUCACUGGUGGAAAACCUGCAGGUCAUCGAUUUUGAGGGUAAAAAGGACGUUUGUCAGAUCUUCAACAACAUCCUGCGCAGGCAGAUCGGGACCCGCAGCCCAACGGUGGAAUAUUUCUGCUCUCAUCAGGAAGUCCUUUUCAUCUUACUCAAAGGGUAUGAGACUCCUCAGGUGGCACUGAAUUGUGGGAUUAUGCUGCGUGAGUGCAUCCGGCAUGAACCUCUCGCCAAAAUCGUCCUCCACUCUGAACACUUUAAAGAUUUCUUCGGCUACGUGGAGAUGUCCACAUUUGACAUUGCCUCUGACGCGUUUGCCACCUUCAAGGACCUUCUCACAAGACACAAGGUUCUGGUGGCGGAAUUUUUAGAACAGAACUAUGACGCGGUUUUUGAUAACUAUGAGAAACUGCUUCACUCUGAGAACUACGUGACCAAGAGACAGUCGUUGAAGCUACUGGGUGAACUGCUCCUGGACAGACACAACUUCACAGUCAUGACACGGUACAUCAGUAAACCAGAGAACCUGAAGCUCAUGAUGAACCUCCUGAGAGACAAGAGCCCCAACAUUCAGUUUGAGGCUUUCCAUGUCUUCAAGGUGUUUGUGGCCAAUCCAAAUAAAACCCAGCCCAUCGUAGACAUUCUAUUGAAGAACCAAACGAAACUCAUCGACUUCCUUAGCAACUUUCAGAAGGAUCGCACAGAUGACGAGCAGUUUAACGACGAAAAGACGUACCUCGUCAAACAAAUACGAGACCUAAAGAAACCAGCCUCCUAAACUCUAGCUGUUGCAGUAUUAGAAAAAAAACAAAAAACACAAAAAAUAUAUUAACAAUAAUAAUUCUAUUUAAAAUCUUGAAAAAUUUGUCUUUUCUUAGUUCUGAGGCUUACAAAAGAAGGUUCCUGAUCAUUGAUGUUCUCUGUUCUUAUUUGCUUUUCUUUUUCUUUCAUGUUUUAUUGCAAUCUCUUGUGCCAUGAUAGGAUGUUUUAAAAGUAGGAAUCAGCCAGUUUGAGUUAUGAGAAGAACCGUCUAAGAACAUCAAGACACCGUGCAGAUGAGGAAGUAAAGGUAAACUUUCAUUUUCCGUUUCUGGAUGUUUUUCGCGAGCGUGG